GUUGCCUGCUACCACGGCUUUGUGGAUACUGUGGUGGUCUUAGCAGAGUGCCCCCAUGUUGACGUCAACUGGCAGGACAGCGAGGGAAACACGGCCCUAAUCACAGCUGCACAGGCAGGCCACGCCGCCAUCACCAACUACUUGCUGAACUACUUCCCGGGUCUCGACCUGGAGCGGAGGAACGUGUUCGGCUUCACGGCGCUGAUGAAGGCCGCCAUGCAGGGCCGCACCGAGUGCAUCCGGGCGCUGAUGCUCGCAGGGGCAGAUGUCCACGCCAGGGACCCCCGUCGGGGGAUGUCGCCCCAGGAGUGGGCCGCUUACACAGGACGCUUGGAGGCGGUCCGUCUCAUCCAGAAGCUGCUGGAACGUCCCUGCCCAGAGCAGUUUGGGGACAAGUACAGGCCAGAACUGCCGCUGCGCCUGGAAGCUUCGCCGAGGACCCCAGGCUCCAGCAACUGCUUGCAAAGGCUCAGGGAGUUCAUUCGGUCUGCUCUGGCCUCCCGCUCCCGCCAGGGCCCUGUGGAUGGGGGUGUCCUUGACCACAUGGUCAGAAUGACCACGGGCCUAUGCAGCCCAGCCGUGGCGGUCGUCUGCCAGACUGUGUGCCCCGAGAGCCCUCCCUGUGUGGGGAAAAGGCGGCUGGCGGUGCAGGAAAUCCUGGGGGCUCCGGCGCACCCUGGCGCGCAGGUUCAGGAGAGGGACCCGGUGGAGGGCGUGGAGCAGCAAUUCCGGACCUCACACGCCGGGGCGCCCUCCAGAGAGGGAACCCCGAAAGCCAGCCUCCCGUCUCCCCAGCAGCCCAGCGCCCCGAGGAAGGCCAGCCUCCGGCCCCUGCAGCUGCUGCGGAGGGGCAGCGUGCGGCCGGGCGUGGUCAUCCCCCGGGUGCGCGUCAGCAAGGCGCCCGCGCCCACCUUCCAGCCCGAGCGCGUGGUCGCGAAGGGCAGCAGCAAGGACAGCGCCCACCUGCAGCUCCCCAAAUGGCGGUACAAGGAGGCCAAAGAGGAGAAGAGGAAGGCGGAGGAGGCGGAGAAGCAGCGGCUGGCAGAGGCGCAGAAGGCGAGGCGGGCGCCGCGCUGGAAGAAGAGGACGUGAGGGGGCGGCGUCCCCGAAGGAGGGGCUGGAGGCUGCGCGCGCGCGCGGAGGCUGCUGCAGGUCCCGCGCAGCCCGGGCGCCCGCGGGGGUCCCCGCACCCGUGGGUGCGCCGGGGGCAGCCUUGCCUGCCGCCAGUUCCCUAGCGAUCAGCAUAGAAGGGCAGUUUGCCUGGAAGUCUGCCUGGAAAACCUCUCAAGAAAAUCCCGCGACCAGUUUAUCCACGGGCAUUCCCUGUAAUUUUGCAUUUUUAACCACUGGCAAAUGUGCAGCCUUUCAUCAGCGAUGGGGUUUUUGUAUGUCAGGCAGUUUGCUGUAUUUGUCUGAAGACCCGUUGUUUAGAAACUGUCUAGCAAUAACUGCUCUCUCUCUAGGACAGAUUUUGUCGAAUCUUUCCGCUGCCCCACAGAUCUCGCCCUUUUUUCCUGCUGUGGGUUACGGUGGUGGCCUUCUCACGGUGGUACAUGGUAUGUUUUUAUCCAUUCGAUUGUUGAUGCCAAACAUUUGUUUCCAUUUGAUGGAGGCAUUGACUUAGCAAGAUGGCGGCGUGAGACUUUCUUAACUUGUAAGGCUGCUUCCCCACCUCAUCGUCCUCAUGACGAAAACCUGCUGUCAGACUGCCAAUCAGUGGGUGGAGAGGCAGGUGUUUACUGCUGCACUAAACUCAUUUUAAACGGGGUUUUGGACGCACUGGGUAACAAAGUCUUUAAGAUAUUCAAGCCAUGGGAGAAAAGGCUAUUACUUAGUAUUAUUUAUCAUUUAGUGAAAUGGAGACAAAUCUAAUAAAUUAUUACUGGAGAUACAAAAUUAAGUCACAUGUGCUCUUAGAUAAAUUGAACCCAGUGAUCCUUAACAUGUCAAACAGAUACAAAGCGAGUAAGGAACUCAGAAUGCAAGCUUUUGGGAACGGACGGUGAUUUCUAGAGGAGCAGGGAGGGACUGAAACUGAGCAGUGAGCAAAUUGUUGUAGGCAGAUUCCCCCGGAGUGGGCGGGCGACGCCCUUCUCUGGACCCAGUUCCAAAGAUGCUCUGCUGUGAAUGGCUUCCACUCUUGGAUGGCUGCGCCAUGGUCAGUUCACCCGAUGCCCGCUGGUAGCAUUUCCGGGAGGUGGAGCACAUACGUGUUUUGCCUGGGGCCGAGCUCUCCCGGGAAUUUUCUGCCCCCUCUUUUAUCCCAAAGUUCCUAGUUCUGAUGAGCCUCUGGCCAUGUGGGCACAGACUCUCCC